UAAAGAGGAAAGCCGACGGACUUCCCCGGCCUCCUGGGGCCUUCCCGGGUCUCCAGGACCCAACGCUCCGUACGAGCGAGGUGGACUCGCCUGGCCCCGGGGCCUGCCCGACCUGCCCCCCUACCAGGCGCCCAGGGCUGCACCUUUUAGGGGCAGGGGGAGGGGCACAAAAGGCCGGCUCUCGGGGCCUGGGGCCUGGAGCGGACUGGGCAUGGGGGGGGCCCCAGCUCCUCAGGCUGCGGGGUGGAGGAGGCGGGGCCUAGUGGCUGCUGGGGCGGAGCAAAGGUUGGGAGGAGCCUGAGUUGGGCGGAGCUUAGAGUGGAAGUGGGAGGGGCGUGGAGGAGGGAGAGUGGAUAGAAAAUGGGAGGGGCUUGGGCAAAGUGGUGGGGUUUGAUAAAGGGGCGUGGCUCAGAAGGAAUGGUGGGUAGGCCCUGGAUUGAGGGGUGGAAGGAAACUCAUUGAGGCUGGUUGGGGAAACGGAGCCCAGGAAGCAGGAGAGAGGAGUUUAGAGUAGAAGGGGUGGACUUUGUCUGGGGUAUGGCUUAGAGAAGUAGGUAGGCCUAGCGAGGGGGGCGGAGUUUAAGGGUGUAAUUUGAAGGGGUUUAAUGCAACUGUCAGGUCCUUAUAAUGAAUGUGGAAAGGACUUGCAGGGGAUGGGAAGAGACUUCGUAGAGAAGGCCUGAGAGGGUGACAGGAGUCCAGUGGAUGGUCUUAGAAAGGAUGUGGCUUCUUUAAAGGAAAAAUUGGGUGGAGUUUUGGAAGUGGGUCUUAGUGGAGCCGCGAGGGGCUUAGUGAAGUCAAGUAACUUAGCAAGCAUGGUAGGACUUAAGGAGGAAACCAGGAAGAACUUACGGGAUAAUAGUCAUCCAAACAGCUUACUUGUUGCGUCUUUGCUGUGCACCAGCUUAAGUAGGCACGAAACAUUUAUUGCCACUGUUUUACUUAAUUCUCGCCACCACUCUAUGAGAGAGAGCCCCCACACACCACUGUAUUCCCCGCCACCAUGGAUGACGUCCCGGCCCCAACCCCUGCACCAGCACCGCCCGCCGCUGCCGCCCCCCGGGUCCCAUUUCACUGCAGUGAAUGUGGCAAGAGCUUCCGCUACCGCUCAGACCUGCGGCGCCACUUUGCCCGACACACAGCGCUCAAGCCCCACGCGUGUCCGCGCUGCGGCAAGGGCUUCAAGCACAGCUUCAACCUAGCCAACCACCUGCGCUCGCAUACCGGGGAGCGGCCCUACCGCUGCUCCGCCUGCCCCAAAGGGUUCCGCGACUCCACCGGCCUGCUGCACCACCAGGCUUUCUGGAUCCAGGGAACAAGAUGUGUACUUUCAAGGAAGCAAAGCAGGCUUUGGAGGAACUGGAGGAAGGCCAGUGUGACUGGAGCACGGAGAAGCAGAAAGAGUGUGGCUCAGGAGAAGUCUGGAGAAUGCUGGACCCUGGAAAUACAGCUGUCGUCCACACUGGUGAGAAACCCUACUGCUGCCUGGUCUGCGAGCUCCGCUUUUCCUCACGCUCCAGCCUGGGCCGCCACCUCAAGCGCCAGCACCGCGGGGUUCUCCCCUCUCCCCUGCAGCCCGGCCCUGGCCUGCCCGCCUUGAGUGCGCCCUGCUCCGUCUGCUGCAAUGUGGGGCCCUGCUCGGUGUGCGGGGGCGCGGGGACCGGCGGUGGAGAGGGCCCCGAGGGGGCAGGCGCCGGUCUGGGCAGCUGGGGGCUGGCAGAAGCGGCAGCUGCAGCCGCGGCCUCCUUGCCCCCAUUUGCGUGCGGCGCCUGCGCGCGGCGCUUCGACCACGGCCGGGAGCUGGCGGCCCACUGGGCGGCGCACACCGACGUGAAGCCCUUCAAGUGCCCGCGCUGCGAGCGCGACUUCAACGCACCCGCGCUGCUGGAGCGGCACAAGCUGACGCACGACUUGCAGGGCCCGGGUGCGCCCCCAGCGCAGGGCUGGGCCGCGGGGGCAGGUGCAGGGCCCGAGACGGCGAGCAAAAGCGCCGCUGCGGAGGCGGGCGACGCUCCUCCGACCUCGGACGGCAGGCUGCUCCUGGGCCCCGCGGGGGGCGGCGUGCCCAAGCUCGGGGGGCUGCUCCCUGAGGGCGGUGGGGAGGCACCUGCACCUGCAGCGGCCGCCGAGCCCUCGGAAGACACCCUGUACCAGUGCGACUGCGGGACCUUCUUCGCGUCGGCCGCGGCCCUGGCCAGCCACCUGGAGGCCCAUUCGGGCCCGGCCACCUACGGCUGCGGCCACUGCGGGGCUCUGUACGCGGCGCUGGCCGCCUUGGAGGAGCACCGGCGGGUCAGCCACGGCGAGGGUGGUGCGGAGGAGGCGGCGGCCGCGGCCCGGGAAGGGGAGCCGGCGUCCGGGGAGCCCCCGUCCGGCUCUGGCCGCGGCAAGAAGAUCUUCGGCUGCUCCGAGUGCGAGAAGCUGUUCCGCUCCCCGCGAGACCUGGAGCGGCACGUGCUGGUGCACACUGGCGAGAAGCCGUUCCCGUGCCUGGAGUGCGGCAAGUUCUUCCGCCACGAGUGCUACCUCAAGCGCCACCGGCUGCUGCAUGGCACCGAGCGGCCCUUCCCCUGCCACAUCUGCGGCAAGGGCUUCAUCACGCUCAGCAACCUCUCCAGGCACCUGAAGCUGCACCGGGGCAUGGACUGACUGCCAGGCCGUGCCCUGCCCUCCACCCAGCCACCUGGACUCAGCCUGGACCAGGGGACCUCAGUACUGCGAGUGAGGCCCCGGCCCUCCAAAUCCAAAUCCAGACACAGGCCCUGAAAUGAGGGGACCCUGACUGGAGAAGUCGAGGCCACCAAAAACCCACACAGGCCCCAGAGCUGGGGGACCACAAACAAACAGGGUCCUUAGCUGGGGCAGGGGAGCCCAAAUCUAUGGAGAGACUCCUGAGCCUGAGGUCCCUGAAAUGAGUGUGGGUAGCCCUAAGUCCCCAAGACAUGGGAACUUUGCAGUGAGCAAUGGGUCUCCACAAGUACCUCUCAUCUUGAGGGCCCUAAUAAUAAAAGAUGGGCACCUGCCCCACCAAGGGAAGACUGCCCCAUUCCCUGAGAGCCAUCAUUCCCAACGACCUUGAUCUGGAGAAUGUGGAGGGAACAUGUCCCUGAAUUUUCCUAGAUCUCCUCCAAAUGCUACCCACCAGAGUCACUGAUGACCCCAGAAAAUGGAUAUAGCCGAAAUCUGCCUUUCCCCGUUUUCAUUCCCUGUACUGAAAGAGGGACCAGGGUAGAUGCCCCCUGCCCUCUAAUCCCCCCUCCCUGACUGUGGAAUGGAUCGACCUUAAUGAUCUUCCCCACCCCCAAACACUAGAAUAGACUGGCCUGAAAUACCCUUGUCCAGUAGGAUGGACUGAUCUGUAUGCACACACCCCCAUCACAUGGAAUGGGCUGGUCUAGGCUGUGGCCUGCACCCCACCUUCCUUAGAGUGAAUAGGGCAGAUACUCCUCCCUUUUCCUGUAGCGUGUGGACCGGUCCACGCCAUUCUUUGUCCUGUGAACUCAUCUGAGUGGGAAGUGGCGGACACUGGGGUUUCCCUCCCUCUCUCCGUGGCACCCAUUGGUCUUUCCAUCUCUGUUGGUUUGUCUGUCUCUGUCUUCCUCCCGACCCCAAGGGGAAGGGGGCACUUGGCUAGGGGGUGCCCCUGUGAGCCUAGACCUCGUCCCCUCGUCCCUCUCCCCAAUGUUUCCAGGACCCCCAAUAAACCUUGUCCUGUCAGUCGCUGA